AUGAGCCGCAAGCUCGCCCCCGAAGCCAAUCGGAUUCUCUUCGCCAAGAACCUCAACUACAACGUAACAGCAGAACAGCUGUUUGACCUUUUCGGCAAAUUCGGGCCCAUUCGCCAAAUCCGCCAAGGUAUCGCCAACAACUCCAAGGGCACUGCAUUCGUGGUAUACGAAGACGUUCACGACGCCAAACAGGCAUGCGAUAAGCUGAACGGCUUCAAUUUCCAGAACCGUUACUUGGUUGUAUUGUACCACCAGCCAGAGAAGAUGCUGCGCACGAAAGAGGACCUCUCGGAGAGGCAAGAUAACCUAGAACGGCUCAAACAGCAACACGGGAUAGAAUGA